UCUCUCUCUCUCAUCCUCUUCUCUCUGCUUCUCUCGAAAACUCUGUUACUGUUGCCAUUGCUUUCUUUUCCUUUGCUUUCAUUUUCUUUCUUAAUCUAAUGAGUCGACAUUGAUCUGGGUUUUGCUUGUUUUUCAAUUUCACUUCUUGGGUUUGCAGACUUUGAUGCUUUCUUUGGUGGUGCCACUUAGCUUAUUUCUUGAAGUCUUUUGAACAAUUGGCGAUGUGUGGGAUAAUUUUUGAGCGUUUAUUUGAAUUGCGUUUUCGUUCUGAGCUUUGUGGUGGUCUUUUUAGCGAUGUUUGAUUGGAACGACGAAGAAGUGGAGAAGUAAAGCCAUGGACUUAUUGGAGUUUGUUUAUGACAUUAACAAGGACAAUAGAAAGGAAGCGGGAGCUGGAGCUAAUUGGAUUUUGCUGAGGAAAUAUAUUGGAGGCAAGCAGCUCACUAAUAUUAUAUGGGAUGAGGCUGGUGAGAGCGAUGACCAUAUUGUACCCUAUCCAGGGGCAGUUGAAGACCAUAGCAAGGAGAAAGAAUGGAGUCAAGAAACUAAUAACAUCAAGUCUGAGGAGCAGAAGGCACCUGGGCCUAAAGUUGAUAUCCAUGGCAGAAAGUUGGAAAGCAGUUCAAACUUCAACUCCAGUGAAGGAGCUUCUGCCUCAGGAUUUGGCAUUGACUCAUGGCCUAACCUGUCCUUAUCAACUGCUGCCAAAACUGAUCAAGAUUCCUUGGAUGCAUCAGUAUCUAACAACUUAACUGAAAUUACAAAACUUGAGUCUUCUGGAGGUGCAGAGACAGUUCAGCUCGACAAGGACUCUGAAAUUUUUCAAAAGGGUAAAGAACAAGGUGAUUUUGUUGAUUAUGGCUGGGCUAGCAUCGGAAGCUUUGAUGACCUUGAUCGAAUGUUCAGCAAUGAUGAUCCCAUAUUUGGCACUGUAAGUCUCAGUAAUCCUGAUGAGCUUUGGUCUUCUUCUAAAGAUGUAACUAACAGUCCAGGCAAUUCCUUUCGCAUAUAUUCGGACUCUCCAACUUUGGGUUUAGGGCCUUUAAGGAAUACAUCAGAGCGUUUCGAGAUUAAAACUGAAUAUGUACAUGAUGAUAACCAUCCAUUUACACUUGGCUAUGGGAAAGUGAAUGAUCCUGCAUCUCAUGGUAUGCAGAAUGCAUCUCCUGUCUUGAAUCAGGUAGAUUUUGCUGGAGGUAAAAGUAAGGCCACACUGAAGGAGCAGAGUAAUUUGACCAUCAUGGGACAGGAUACUGCAGCAAACUCUCAGCUCACUGCAGAAAAAGUUGCAGCUCCCGAGUUGGCAGAGAAGAUCUGUAAGCAAAAGAAAACCAUGAAAGGUAGGAAGAAGUUGGAAGAACAAAGUGAAUUAGCCUUGUACCAUGAUUUAUAUGGUAACUGGUCUUCGGCUGGGAGCCUACCUGGUCAAUUUAAGAAUCAAUGUGCGCCAAACAUUGUGUGUUCUCCUCCUUCAAUUCUUAAUCAACCAAGUAGACUACAAGGACCUGAAUCAUUGCAAUACCAGCAGAUAUCUACUUCGUUAGUAGCCUCUUCUGCCUAUGGGACUGUUACAAAUCCAUAUUCUGCCAUGCCUGUGCUGUCUCAGAUUCAGUCUGGGGAGUUUAAUCAAUCUGUACUUUCUGGUUAUGAAGUUUCUUCAGGUAAUGCAAAUUCUGUUAACAAGUCAGCUGACUCCCUGGUGAAAACUCAGACUAUGACACCUCAGGAAAAAAUUGAAAAAUUAAGAAAGCGGCAGCAAAUGCAGGCAAUGCUUGCCAUUCAGAAACAGCAGCAGCAGUUCGGUCACCAAGUUUCAUGUACCGGUCAAUCCAUCGCUCCAAGAGGUUCCCUAGAAAAUCAAAAUCAGCAUUUUGAGGGAACUGAUCUAGAAGUGGAGGAUCUAAGUGCUUUUCCUGCUUUUGACCCAAACUCGCCUCUUGAACAAGAUGAUUCCAGUACAAUCUCUCUAGCAGUGAAUGAUUAUUCUGCCGAGGACUCUGUACUCUACCGGCUUCAAGAUAUCAUUGCCAAGUUGGAUGUUAGAGUUCGACUUUGUAUACGGGAUAGCUUGUUCCGGUUGGCUCAAAGCGCAAUGCAAAGGCAUUAUGCUAGUGAUACUAGCAGUACCAACAAUAGUAGCAGGAAUGAGCAAGCUGCCACAAAAGACAGUACCAGUGCCCAUAACAGGAAUGCUAAUAUGUCAGAAGUAGAAACAGAGACCAAUCCCAUAGAUCGAACUGUGGCUCACUUGCUGUUUCAUAGACCAUUGGAGUUGUCAGGAAAACAUCCUGAUACACCUGAAUCACCAGCUUCUACCAAGUUCUCAAGUGAACAAAAGGCAUUAGGCAUGGCAAAAUCGUCAAUAGGGCUUCCCGAGACUGUUAAGAGUAAACAGGUUUUCUCUCACCAAGGAUCUAAAAGUUCCUAUCCACUGGCUGAACCCCAACCUGUCAGUCAGUGCAAAAGUAGUGUUUGCAUUGACACCUCAGAUAAUGUAUCAAAUAAUGGACCUGCUGAUGAUAGAGCCAAGGACGUAGAAGCUUCUCAAUGAAAAAAAGAAAUGCGCCUUUAAAUUUUAUAAGGGUUUUCUUUCAUUGUCAGCCAACUAAAAUUGUCAUCAAGUGGGCGUUAUUGAGGCUUAAACACUGAUAUUGUGAAGGACCUCAUUGGCAGCUUGCCUAAGGAUACAGGCACAUGCAUGUGGGAAGUUCCAUCGUUGAUGUAAUUUGUUAUCCACCAUCUGAAUAUUGAGACCAAGUCUUUAUUCUGCAAGUGCUCAAGUUAACGACUGUUUAAUGUGUGUUGCUUUAAGCUACUUAUGUGUCACCUUAAAUAAGUGUUAGCAGACUCGUGUUAGGCUUUACUCUUUCCGAGCGACAGUGGUUUGUGUUUGCAUCUUUCUGAAUCCUAAUUUGCAAACAUUAGCCGCAUUCUGAUUAUGGAAUUCGGUGUUGAUUUCA